GAGUCGGCUCCGGCACUCCCCGCCGGGAUGGAGAGGUUAGGCGAGCAGCAGCAUGUACUCCGUUUCUGACAGCAAGGGAAACAAUGAAAAGACUAUUUGGAGCUCAACAGAAAUGCGGCACAGGACGAGUGUGGUGAAAGUGUGGCUGUCCCGCAAUGAGCCGCCGACCUCCAGACCGGUGUGGACCGGACAGGAGGGCAGUCUGGAUCCUGACUGUCACUGCCCUCGUCACCGCGCAGACUGCAGGAGGAGCACCGCUGUUCUCGGACCCUGGGGUUUUUCUGGAAAAGUACGGCUACCUCCAUCAGGACAACCAUAUCCACAAUGCAGCUGAGAUGCAGUCAGCUAUCCGAGAGUUCCAGUGGUUGUCCCGGCUUCCUGUCACAGGUGAGCUUGACAGCGCCACUCUGAGGCAGAUGGCGGAGCCCCGCUGUGGGGUGUCGGAUGAGAGCAGCCAGCAGAUCUGGGCUCAGAGAGUAAACGCCAUCUUCACUGGAAAGAGCAUCGCUCUCAGGCGACCACAGCGCCACAGGAGGCACUCUGUUGCACAAGCUGAGAAGUGGUACAAACGUCACCUGACCUACCAGGUAGUAAACUGGCCUCGUCACCUGACUCUGGGCUCCGUGCAGUUGGCAGUGCGCGUUGCCUUCCAGUUGUGGAGCAACGUGUCCGGCCUGGUGUUCCAGGAGGCCCCUGAAGGCCCUGCAGACAUCCGGCUGGCAUUUUAUGAGGGAGACCACAAUGACGGGGCCAGCAAUGCCUUUGACGGACCAGGAGGAACUCUGGCUCACGCCUUCCUGCCUAGCCGGGGGGAAGACCACUUCGACAUGGCGGAGAGGUGGACGCUUAACGGACACAAGGGCAACAACCUCUUCAUGGUGACUGCCCCAAGAGAUUCGGUCACACUCUGGGACUGGAACACUCCCGGUCCAUCACGCCUUAAUGUCCCAUACUACAGGAAACUGGGCCGCAGCCUGGUGCUGAGCUGGGACGACAUCAUUGCAGUGCAGCAGCUGUACGGUGAGAUGAUGGUGCUUUUUUAUAGGGAUCUCUUCCAGCCACAAAUCUUAUUU